AAGCACUAAACAAACACUCAAGUAGGUAUCAGAAGCAACACAAUGGAUAGACGCAUCAGGCUGUUUUAUUUGCUUUUCGUACUUUAUACUGUAAAAGCCCAAACUGAUUAUUGCCAAUUAAGCUGCGGUACUACUCUACAGACGGUGUGCGAAAGAAAAAAUGUGAGCUGCGGAGCUGGACCAGAUUGCAUAAAAAAUUUCAAACAAAUGUCAUUGACUGAUAGCGACCGACGACUCGUACUGGACGCUCACAAUUAUUUGAGAAAUAAAGUAGCUACAGGACAGGAACCCAUAGGACCUCAACCACAAGCGUCAAAUAUGAAAGCUCUGAGUUAUAGCAAGGAACUGGAAUAUAUAGCUCAAUGCCACACAAACUCCUGCAAGUGGGGCCACGACGCAUGUAGAAGAACUCCUGAAUGGGGAUGGGUAGGACAAAACCUUUUCUUAAGAUCUUACAAAGGAGGUUCUAUAACUACAAGAGAUAUGUUAAAUUCGUCGAUAUAUAGUUUGUACGACGAAGUUCGAGACUUCAAUCCGUCGUGGGUUUCUUCAUUCGAUACCCAUGGAAAAGAGAUAGGCCAUUAUACAGCAAUAGUGUGGGCUCGCACACGAUAUGUUGGCUGCGCAAUCACUUUCUUCGUAGACGACAAGGGCUGGGAUGUAUAUUACCUAGCUUGUAACUACGGAGAAGGAGGCAACGUUAACGGAUGGUCAGUGUACGAGGUAGGAACUCCAGCUUCAAAGUGUGAUGGCUUGCCCAAAAAUUCGAAAUAUCCAGGACUUUGCGGACCUGAUAAUGUUUAGAAGGAUUAGUCGACUGUAUAUAGCUAAUUGUUUUCAUAAGUUAUCAGUUAUAAAAAUAAAGCAAAUAUUUAA